GUGAUUGGCGUCACUAUCAAUCACCAGGAUCCUCCCAGAGAACCUAUAUAGCGCUCCAGCAACGAACAACGCACAAUGGCUACGAGCAUCCCUCCUAACCCACUGAAACCUACGCAGCGCAUUGUUACUGGCCAUAGCGCGGAGGGGAAAGCCAUUAUUAUCUGGGAUGAUGAGCUUGAAAGGAUCCCUGUUGGGCCCGGAGUGGAGGACGCUGUCAAAACUACCGUCUGGGUGGAGAAGGAAACACCCGUGAAGAACUCUGUUGAACGUGUUGACCGCAAAGAUAUAGUCCCCGAUCGCUUCAACUUGGCGCAAACUGGGGGAUCCCACUUUAUAAUAUUCGACGUAGCACCUGGAGGUGGUUCACCUACUCAUCGUCUCAACUCCCUUGAUUACGGAAUUCUUCUUGCUGGGGAGAUUACCCUGCUUCUCGAUGAUGGCCUUGAACGAAGGCUCACGGAACCGGGAACUGUGGUCGUUCAACGAGGCAACAUUCACCAGUGGAUUAAUCGUGGUAAUACGUGGUCGAGAAUCGCAUUUGUUCUAAUCGAUGCCGUCCCGGUGCAAGUGAAGAACGCCGAAGGGAAAGCAGUUGACCUUCCAGAAAUCUUUGAGGGCGGAAAUUGCGAUGCCACUCAGGCACAAAAGUGA